AUGAUGCCAGACCAGGUGCAGGAGGUGGAUGUCGCUAUCAUUGGCGCAGGAUGGUACGGCUUGGUGGCCGCCAGAACAUAUCUUCGCUUGCGACCCGCGGCCAACCUCAUUAUUAUCGACAAUGACAGCACCGUGGGAGGAGUGUGGAGUCGGGACCGUGUUUAUCCUAAUCUUGUCGCUCAAGUUCGGCUUGGGUUGUUCAAUUAUACCGAUACGGCAAUGCCCCCCAAUGGUGGCGAUCCCAAAGAUGAGCAUGUCACCGGAGACAUGAUCCAUAACUAUCUCCAGCAGUACGCGGAGGACCAUGAUCUACUGCGCCGGAUUCGCUUCAACACCUUCGUUACCAACGCAGCACGGGAAGAAGGCGACAAGCGGAGAUGGCGUCUGACAUUUAAAGACUCCAGCGACAUGAUCAGAACAGAGAAGCUCCUCGUCUGCACGGGAGUAACAUCGAUUCCCUAUACGCCGGAGUACCCUGGCGCCAAUACCGCCACGGUCCCGAUCAUUCACUCGCGGGAUCUGGGCAGCUCUAUUCCCAUACUGCAACAGAACGGGUCAGUGGAGCACGUCGCCGUGGUGGGCGCGGCCAAGUCCGCCUAUGAUGCCGUCUACUUACUCCUCUCUAUGGGGAAGAAGGUGACCUGGAUCAUCCGCCGGGAUGGUGCCGGUCCGCUGGCGAUCAUGCCGUUUAAGAUUCUGGGGCUGGUGAACCCCAUCGCUUUCGCAUCGACCCGCCUGAUGACGUACUUGACACCAUCUAUCUUGAACAUCAAGGGACCGUUGUGCUGGGCGUUUCAGCGGAACCCUAUCGGGCGGUGGUGCGUAGGUAGAUUCUGGGAUGCAUUAACCUAUUUGAGUCACGCCCAUGCGGGAUACUCGAAGGGCGAUCAUGUUCAAAUGCUGAGACCGGAAAUUGACCGACAAAGUGUCUUCUGGGCCAAUUCCGGAUUGGGAGUCGUCACUCUCCCGGAUUUCUGGCCAACCCUGCAUAGUCCCAACCUGACCGUGCUCCGAGAUGCGAUUGACACCAUCAAGGGUGAUCAUCUCUCCCUGCAGUCCGGGCAGACGCUACAGGUAGACGGUCUGGUCCUCUGCACCGGUUGGGGGAAUCACUUUGACAUGUUCGAUGACAAGACCAAGGCCGAACUGGGACUUCCUCUGUCCUCGCCCAAGGCGCCGCCGUCCUCUGACAGGGUUGUCGACUGGAGGGAAUACGAUGCAGCGGCCGAGAAAGUGGUGGACCAGCAACUACCCUUCCUUGCGGAACCCCCGCAUCUCAAGCAUACCGAUCGCAUUGGGACGACUCACCGUAGCGAGUGGAGGCUGUAUCGUCGCGCGAUCCCGGUCGGACUGGCGCAGAAAGGGGACCGUUCCGUCGCCAUCCUGGGGCAGAUCCACACCAUUCAGACGCCCCUAGUCUCGGAGGUGCAGUCAUUCUGGAGUAUCCUGUAUCUGCUUGGGGAACUGAACCUGCCAAGUGUGGACGAGAUGGCGUGGGAAGUCUCGUUGUGGAAUGCGUGGACCCGCAAGAGGUAUCUUACACAGGGGCAUAAGUUGCCGUACUCUCUAUACGAGUUCCUCCCGUAUGUCGACACUCUUUUCCGCGACCUGGGAUUGAACAGCCGCCGCAAGUCCAAUCAAGUGGCUGAGUUUCUGGAGCCGUACAAACCGGAGGACUUUAAUGGAUUUAUUGAUGAAUAUCUGGCAAACAUGGCCUGGGAAGAUGAAGACAAGUAACAGCCUCCUCCUGAAGUGGUUCGGAAGAAGCCCGGAACGGAU